AUGGAUAUGGACGUCGCAAUUUUUGCAAGAAACAAUUCGUCAGCAGAAUUCCAACAACAGCUUCACAAACUACGAUGUCUGAACGACAUACUAAGCGACGUAGUCUCGAGUGUUAACUCUGCUUACGGUCUGCAGAUCCUUCUGUCUACAGCGAUGAAUUUCAUGAGCGUCACUACAAGUUUAUAUUUCGGUAUCGGCUUCGCAAAAAGAUUGCAGGAAGAUGAAGGUUUUCAAGUUAAACACACGUUCGCUCUAAUUCUUUCGUUAAUUUGGGCAGCUGUAGGAAUUUUUCGAAUCGUCAUGAUGAGUUCGUCAUGCAAUGCAGCCAGUGGCGAGGCGAGUCAAACUUCUGUCCUGCUCCACAAGUUACUUCUGAAAUCGUCACUCCACCCAGACACAGUGACAGAAAUCCAACUGUUCCUACAGCAAGUCAGAAACCGUCCGGUGAAGUUCACGGCGUCGGAAUUCUUCACCCUCGGUCACUCCACACUGUGUUCCUUCACUGCAGCCGUGGCGACAUAUCUCGUCAUUUUAUUACAGUUUCACAGCUGA